AUGAAUUCUCUAACUUUGUUAGUUUGCAUCGUUGCUUUUGCCGUCAUUCAGAAUUUUGCAAGUGGACAGUACCCACCCUGUACCGAUGACCCUCCAGAUGGAACUUGCAAGAAAAAAUGUAAUACGAGUGAAGUAGCGGUCAAAGUAAAAGGAUGCCCUAGGUCGAUUCGAAGGUGCUGCGUCAGAAAGUGUGAACCAGAUAACGGAAUUUGCCGGGAGAAAAAAGAAGAUUGUCCUAAAUAUGGAGAAGAAUAUAGUAAUUCAUUCAUGUGCCGAAGCAUAAGGAAACCCUACUGCUGCGUCGAGAUGUGUGAACCAGACAACGGAAUUUGCCGGGAGAACAAAGACUGCAAACAUGGAGAAGAAUACGAUGAUACAUUUAAAUGCCCGAACGGAAAGAAGCCCCCGAAGCAUUACUGCUGCGUCAAGUUGUGUGAACCAGACAACGGAAUUUGCCGGGAGAACAAAGCUUGCAAACAUGGAGAAGAAUACGAUGAUACAUUUAAAUGCCCGAACGGAAAGAAGCCCCCGAAGCCUUACUGCUGCGUCCCAAGGGGGCCUCUGACGCAUCUGACUGCGCCUCCGACAAAGACGCCCCCACCUCCGACAAAGACGCCCCCACCUCCGACAAAGACGCCCCCACCAACACCGCCUGCAGAAGCGAAAUAUGAUACAAAAGGCAAAUCUGAAGGUUUGAGCUCUAGUGAACCCGAGCCAGCAGGGAUCAGCAGGGGCUUACAUUCAGGAUGCUUCAUCAUGUAUACACUCACUUCCAAAGGCAUUUAUUCAGGGACCGAUGCUUUAUUCUCGUUUCAAUUUUGGAGAUGGACUGUGUUUGGGUGGCAGUGGUCCCCUUGGCAACCUGAAAAUAACCCAGGAGAUGACAGAGAAGAGGGGCAUUGGGAUUUGUAUGGGCCUUACCCUCAGAGGAUCGGUGGCCUACCAGCAGACUGGAUUUAUGUAAGACAAACCACCAGAUUUUACGAUAGGUGGCAAAUAAAAACUAUCUUUAUGAGGGAUACUUGUCAUAACAUACUGUAUGAGUACUACUGCAACGGUUGUUGGGUCUCUAACAAUCCAAAUGGCGGGACGUGGAUUAAGCGGACUACUCCAUAAUAUGGAUCAAAUCACUGUUGCUCAAGGUACCAUUACCAAUAGCACUGAUUGAUUAUACAAAUAUGAAUUCAAAAACUAAGCUUGUAAUCACGAAUGCAACUUUCGGCUGUCGGCUACCGGAUUAACCUAUUAUUUU